AUGCAAUCAUCUAUUUUAAACAACACAUGUAUUCGCAAUACUGUCAUAAAUACAGAAAUUAAUGCUGUUACAACCAGAGCACAAGCAAAACUUCAGACUGAACCACUUUCAUCCACAGUAAAUACAUCUUCUACAUCAACUACAUCUCAAUCUACGUGUUCUUCUGCGCCAACUGUUAAUCAACUAUAUGAUUUUAGUCUAGCUCCUGGUAUCGUGUACAGAUUAGUUGGUCGAGAUGAUACUACUAUUAAACUUUUUUAUGUACCUUCAAAAUUAAUUCCAGACUUAAUGGCUGCUUAUCAUGAUCACCCUUUAAGUGGUCAUUUUGGAAUUGGACAUACAUGGUCUACGUUAAGAAAUACGUAUUACUGGUCACGUAUGAAGGACACAAUAAUAUCUUAUAUUAAAUCCUGUAGCAAAUGUUCACAAUUUAAUGUAGAUCAACAUAAACCACCAGGUUUCUUACAAUCUAUUCAACCAUCUAAUGACGUUUUUCAGAUACUAGUUGUCACUGAUCGUUUGUCUAGUUAUGUUUUUGCUAAAGCAUCACCUACAAAUACAGCUCAAGAUACUGCUCGCAUACUAAUGGAAGAAAUUAUUUUAGUUCAUGGUUCACCAGAUAUCAUUAUUACUGGUCAAGGAACACACUUCAAGAACGAACUGUUGCACGCUAUCUCAAAUUUAGUUGGUUGUCAACGCAUUUUUUCGACACCAUAUCAUCCACAAACAAAUGGGCAAACUGAAAGGUGGAAUUCGACAUUCGUAAUACAAAUUACCAAAUAUUGUAAUACUGAUCAAAACAAUCGAAACAUAUUUUUACCAUCUAUUGUUUAUACUUACAACCAUGGUAUACACAGUUCUACUGGAUUUAGCCCGUACCAACUUGUAUUCGGACGACAACCGCGUCAUCCAUUUACUCCACCUGCAUCUACAUUUGUUUUCAGUAAACCAUAUGAUCAUUGGACACAAGUGAUAAAAUAUAGAAAUACAGCUUUACACGAAGUACAAGCAAACAUUCUACAUCAACAACAACUCUCAAAAACUCGUUUUGAUAAAAAUAGAUCACAUCCAUCUUUUGUUCUAGGUGAUCUUGUAUGGAUGAAAAUUUUAGUUGAACGGCAAAAACUUAAAGCUAGAUACAUUGGCCCUGUUCGAAUUAUUCGAAUUCUCUCUCCAGUAUCAUUUAUCGCCGAAGAUGACAAUUUACAACAAUUUCAAGUGCACUCAAAUAAUAUCAGAUGUGUAUAUUUUCGAUAA